AUGUAGUACCCUUCGACUAUAAUAUCGCCAAGGCACGGAUUUGCUGGAGGUGCAGAACAGUUUAUCAGGUGUUGGAGAUGGCACUGGCAUGGCUGUGCCCACACACAAAGAAGACGCCGACAGUGCGGGUGCGUGACUUGAAUGCCAUGACUGACGGAGAGUGCGCAGCGCUGCUGCUCAACGUGGUGGAGCGCUGGCCUGCUGCUGCCGAGGCCGUCUGCUCUGGCAGGCCCUACCAAAGUGCCGACCAUGUGGCCGCUGCUGCUGGUGACUACCUGGACUGCUUAACACCAGCAGACAAGGAGGAGGUUCUGCGCAGCCACCCAGACCUGGGCAGCAAGGAGCAGCUGACAGAGGAGUCCAACAGGGAGCAGCACAUGGCUGGCCUGCAGACAAACUCCAAGGCAACCGUCAGUGACAUACAUGAGCUGAGCCUCAGCUAUAAAUCAAAAUUUGGAUUCCCAUUUGUAAUUUGUGCACGGGAAAAUAAAGCAGACACAAUUCUUGAAGGGCUGAGGAGGAGGUUACAGAAUUCUAAGGAAGACGAACUGGAAACAGGUAUUUCUGAAGUAAAGAAGAUAUGCAAUUUAAGAAUAAAAGAUUUAGUUGAAGACUGAACUUUUGCAUCAUGUAUAUAACAACUUGUUAUUCAAUGUAUAUGAAAUAAAAACCAAUAUUUCCCUUCAAAUAAAAAUAAAGGUGUAUCAGCUAGAA